AUGGUCAAUUCUUCUUCUCAAGAAAAGAAAAAGAGAACUAGUUAUUAUUUAACUAAGACUUUGCUAGAUAGAUAUGAUUCACCAACAAAUUCUCCAAUAAAUCAACAACAGCAACCAAUGACUCCCGGUCAAAAAAUUACAUCAAUGACAACACCUGUUGUUGAUUCUUCGUCACCAAGAAGAGGUCGAUCCACAUCACCAAAACUAACUAGUAGAGAUUCUUCAUCAGAUCCAGAAACAUUAAAUGAAAAAUACGAUGGUUAUGAUGAUGAGAUUGCUGUUAGCGAAAAAAAAGGUAGUCAUCAUCGUACUGAUGACAAUGACAGUGAUGAUGAUUUGUAG